AUGGCUCAGCUUGACCACCAUCCCAUCUCUCUCCUCAGCCGCAACAGUCUCAUAUUCCUCCUUCUUGUUUCCCUUGCUAUCCUCGGUGUAUUCUUACAUUGGGGAAGAUCUCCCUUAUUCUGGUUUCCAAACACAAGCUCUUCUUCUUCUUUUCCGGUCUCUGAUUGGCGCGACUAUUCCCUCGCUCAAGCGGCUAAGUUCGCCGCUAAGAACGAGACUGUGAUUGUCUGCGCGGUGAGCUAUCCUUACUUGCCUUUUCUCAACAACUGGUUGAUUAGUGUUUCUAGACAGAAGCAUCAAGACAAAGUCCUCGUGAUCGCUGAGGAUUACGCAACUCUUUACAAAGUCAAUGGCAAGUGGCCUGGCCAUGCAGUUCUCAUCCCUCCCGCGCUCGACUCUCAAACCGAACAAUAUUUUGGUUCCAAGGGUUUCUUCAAUUUUACAUCGCGGAGGCCGCGACAUCUAUUGCAACUUUUGGAGCUAGGUUACAAUGUUAUGUACAAUGAUGUUGAUAUGGUCUGGCUGCAAGAUCCGUUUCCAUAUUUAGAGGGAAGCCACGACACAUACUUCACUGACGAUAGGACUACAAUUAAGCCUUUGAAUCACUCCCAUGAUUUACCACUUCCGGAUCGAAACGGAGUGACUUAUAUAUGUAGCUGCAUGAUUUUCUUGCGUCCCACUAAUGGCGCAAAGCUUCUAAUGAAGAAAUGGAUCCAAGAGCUUCAAGAUUCGUCUAUAGAUUUGGAAGGAAAUGACCAGCCUGCUUUUAACUGGGCACUUAACAAAACAGCUCAUAAGGUGGAUCUCUACUUGCUUCCGCAGGUAGCUUUCCCAACAGGAGGAUUGUACUUCAAGAACGAGUCAUGGGCUAAUGAGACAAAGGGGAAACAUGUCAUAAUCCACAACAACUACAUUAUCGGUUACGACAACAAGAAGAGACGUUUCCAUGACAUUGGUCUAUGGCUAGUCGAUGAUCAUGCUCUUGAGUCACCUUUAGGAAAAUAA